CAUCCUCCUCACCUUCGAUUUGAUUUUACCACAUUUAAUCACAUGACCUGCUUUCAAAAGUCUUUCAUAUUCAGGAAAAUUACGCUUACUCUUGAAAAAGUGGACAAAGGUUAUCAUUAUCAUGAAUUCAGAUAGUGAUGAAGAUUUUGGAAAUUAUAGCGAAGAAGAGAUACUCAACAAUAGUUUUUCAUCUCAAGAUGAAACAGGAUCUCAGGAUGAUUCGUUCUAUGAACCACCUGAAAAGUAUUUAAAAGUGUUAAGCAAAUGUUUUGGCCACCAGAAAUUUCGACCCAUGCAAUGGAAUAUUAUAAAUACGGCAUUAAAUAAUAAACGUGAUCAGUGUAUUAUUAUGGCAACUGGAUCCGGAAAAUCAUUGUGUUUCCAAUAUCCGUCAGUUUACAGUGGUGGUUGUACCCUUGUUAUAUCACCAUUAAUUUCUUUGAUGGAAGAUCAAGUCCUUUCUUUACAAGUAGCUGGAAUACCAUCGUGUUUUUUGGGAACCGCUCAAAAAAAUUCGUCAUUAGUAAUUGAUGAAAUUUUACAAAAUAAGUACCGCUUAAUAUAUUUAACGCCUGAAUAUUGUACAGGCGAAGGUGGUGAAUAUCUGUUUAAUAAAAUGAAAAAUGUUAUUAAAUUUACACUGAUUGCAAUUGAUGAAGCACAUUGUAUAUCCAAAUGGGGUCAUGAUUUUCGAUCAUCUUACAGAAGUUUAGGGAAAUUACGAUCAUUAUUACCCGAUGUUCCAAUGAUGGCGGUUACAGCUACAGCUACAGAACAAGUGCAAAAAGAUAUAUGCCACGCAUUGAAAAUGAGAAAUCCAAAAUUACGUUGUACUGGUUUCGACCGACCAAAUUUAUAUUUUGAAAUACUAUCAAAAAGUCAUAGAGACGUAGCAGAACUUUUACGACCGUACUUAGAAGAAUGUGGCAAUGGUUCAACGAUUAUUUAUACAUUAACCAAAAAAGAGGCUGAAAGUGUAUCAUUAACUCUAAAUAAUAAUGGAAUACGUUGUGAAACAUACCAUGCUGGUAUACCAAUGAAAAAACGAAAGGAAGUCCAUGAACAAUUUUCAAAGGAUGAAAUCAAAAUAAUUGUUGCAACUAUUGCAUUUGGAAUGGGAAUUGACAAACCUGAUGUACGCCUGGUUGUGCAUUAUGGUGCAUCAAAAGAUAUCGAAAGCUACUAUCAAGAGGUUGGCCGAGCUGGGCGUGAUGGAUUACCGUCGAAAUGUGUUACAUUUUUUUCAAAACAAGAUUUUGUUAUACAUGAUUUUUUGAGGAAAUCUUCAUCCGCUGGUAAUCAUCUAGAGGAACUUGGUCAAAAAAUGAAAAUGUUUUUAUACAGUACUGAGUGCCGUCGAAAAUUUAUUUUAUCAUAUUUCACUGGUAAACCAGUGAAAGAAAUUGAUAUUAAAAAUGAUUUUUGCUGUGAUAAUUGUACUAAUAAAAAAUCUCAACGAUCCACAAACAAUUCAUAUCAAGAUCUGGACGAUGAUGGUUUGUACGAUUUUACAAAAUAUUGUAAAUCACUCUUAGAAGUAAUCGAACUGCUUAAAGGAAAAUAUGGUUUGGGAAUGUACAUUAAAUUCUUAAGAGGUUUGAAAUUAAAUCUAUCGAAUGAUAAAUUACUGAAAGACAGUUUGUAUGGAUCUGGUGCUCAACACAAUGAAGAUUGGUGGAAAAUUAUAGGGCGAUUAUGCGAAGAAAAAAGCUUUUUAAAGAAAACUAAAUAUAUGCGCGCGUACACAAUUGAAUUAAGCAAAACUGGCAAAAAAUAUUUAGAUAAUGUUCAAAAAUCAAAAGAUUUAAACGUUAUGAAAUUACAACCACCUAGUGACGUAAUACCAUUUUUAAAACGUAAAUCCACAUUUGUUGACAUCAAAAUUAGUGUGGAUGAUAGUGAUGAUGAUAUUAUAGAUAUGCCUGUCAUCUUUAAUAAGAAACCAGAAAGUACACAAAUUAAUGCAAAAAUUAUUGCACCAACAUGUAGUAAAGUUCCUCAAUCAACAUCGAUGCAGUCCACAACGAUAUCGAAUGCACCGAUAGCAUUUACGCAGGGAGUAUUGAAGCUUUACGAUGAAAACAGUACGGUAGCAGAAAUCGAAUACAAUACUAAAUUAUUUAAUGAAUUAAAAGAAUUUCGAAAUCAAAUUGCAUACGAAGCAGAUUGUCGACCUUAUAUGGUUGCUUCAGAUACUGCAUUAAUGGAAAUGGUUCAAUUAUUACCAAUAACUUUAAUGGCAUUUAAAAAGGCUAAUUUUAAUAAUUUUAACGAAACAAAAAUUGAAAAAUUUGGUCAGAAAUUUGUUAAUUUUAUACAAACAUUUUUACAAAAGAAUGGUACCAUUCAAGGACCGGUCACUAGCAGUCAAAAUAUUAUAAAAGAUGAGAAGUGUAUACCAUUACGAGCAUUAUUUGCAAAAUAUCCAAAUGAAAAAAUGAAAGAUUUAAAUGCUAGUAUGGUUCAAACUUACAAAAUGUUUUCAAGUGGAAAAAAAUUAACCCAAAUUGCAGCUGAAAGAUCUCUCGCUGUAAGUACAUUGGGCUUCCAUUUGACAUCUGCAUUAAUGAAUGGCUAUCCCAUAAAGUUAAGCGAUUUGGACCUUACAUUUGAAGUAGGUCAAAGUAUUGUGGAACUAGUCGUUGGGCAAGGUUCACCUAUAACCGAAAUAAGACUGACUUCAUUAAAAGAGUUUUUACCAGACGUGGAUUAUAAUGAUCUUCGUUAUGUUUUAAAAUAUCUAGAAAUUCGUGAAUAUGCUGAUAGUUUAAAUCAACCCUAUUCUGAUCACGAUCCUGAACUCUACAGCUAUUACAAACAAUUGAAAACUCAGAGUGCACAUACCGAAGUUACGAAUUGUAAUAAAACAAAUAAUUCUCAAAAUUAUAAUGAAUCAUUAUCUAAAACACAAUCCUUAGAAACAUCAAAUUCUACGAAUUCAAUCGCAGAAAAAUGUUCUGGAGAAUCAACAACAAAAACUGAUACAGAAGGUUUAUCGAAACAAGAUUUAGAAUUGAUUAAAGUAUUAGAAAGUUUAGCAAAUGAAGAUAAUGAAGGGAAUUUAAGUGAUACGGAUUUAUUAGAAAGUUUACCAACCACAUCAUCUACAGAUAAGCAAUCUUCAUCGAUCAAUAAAGAGGCAUUAUCUCCAAAUAAUAAAAGUGAUGAUGAAGAUGAACUUCUUAAAGCUCCCAUACCACCUUUAUUAUCCGCCCAAAGUAAAAGAAAAAGUGAUGAUGACGAUGAAUCUCUGUUAAGUUUUGUUUCUCGAAAACCACGUCGAAAGUACUAAAUAUUUUAACUAAUUUGAUAUUUGUUUAAUUCUUGUGCCAUUAUAUAGAAAAUCAAUAGGCCUUUAAAUUUGAAUAUACUAUUUAUUACUAUUUAUUUAUUUUGUAAUUGUUAGGCGGGAUGGAUCAAGAAUUGUCCCUGAAAUCAAUAGCGUUCCUAAAAUUAAAAGUUGUAAAAUAAUAAGAAUUACUAAAUGGGAUUUAACUUCAAAUUUGGCUUUUCUUUGAUAUACCCAAAGCCUUAGUUUGUAAUAAUAUAAAAUUACACUACAGAAUUUUGUUAAGUAGUGUUCUAAAAUUAUUUAAGAAUUUUGAGAAACACAAAAUUUUAGGUAAACAUUCAAAAUGCGUAAUUCACGGAUAAAAGUUACAAAAGAAAAACUUGUGGGGACAGUAUAUGGUAUUUUCCAAAAAAUAGGUUAUAAUUAAUUUUUUUAUUACUUUACCAUAUACAUAAUACAUAGUGCAAUUCAAAUUUUCGAAUUUUUUGUCUGCCUUACAUGCUAAAAAAAAUUGAAAAUACAAUCCAUAAAAACUAGGCAGGCCAAUAAUUAUUAAGGGUGCAGGAUACUAUCCAUCUUCUGUGCUUCUCUGAAAAGUUCUUUGAAUGUCCCGUUACUUUUGUUACACAGUGUAUAUUUUGAAUAAGGAG